GACGUGUCGUCCGCUAGAAGAAACACCCGAUCCAAUCCCACACGCACGGUGAAUCGGGCAGGAAGAAUCAUUCCUUCGCUCGCCGGGAAUCUACCGAACAGUCCAACAAACACCACCGCAGUAUUUCUCUCCCAAUUUCCCGAGAAAGUUCGCAGCUUUCCCUGGAAAAUCUCGGCACCUCCGUCGAAUUACUCGCAAUCUCCAUUACCCACAACCCAGAGCUUCACAAAAUGGAACCCGACUUCAUCCCAACGUCGUUCGCGGACUUCCCGGAAGACGUCCAUCUCUGCAUCUUGUCAUUCCUGACUCCGUCCGAGAUCGCCAAUUUCUCCUGCACUUCCAAACGAUUCGUCUCGCUCUGCAGGAGCAACGCCAAGCUCUGGUACGCCUUGUGCGACCGGAGGUGGGGAUCGAAGACCCAAAUCCGGAAAUGGGGCAACGGCAAAAUAGGCUACAGGCUCCUCUACAAGACCCUCAGCGAGUGGGAGAGUCUCAUCGGCUUCUGGCGGCGCAGCGGCCAGAGAUCCACCUCCUCCUCCGCCGUGGCCACCGCGGCCGUCGUGCCGCCUCCGCCGCUGGUCAGCUUCGAGUGGGGCCCAUCGUUCGUCGCCGGUUCCAGGGUCUCCCCCUCUGAGGACGGCACCUACGGCGUGGUAAAGUCGCCAUUUUUGUGGAUGUCGCUUUCCUCCAGCGGGGAACCCGUAAAUUUCGUUGACCCAGAUGGUAAAAGUGGCGAAUUCGGCUCUAACUAUUGCGACGAUUCGAUCAGGAAGACCGAUUUGAUUCCGGUGGAUGUGAAUUUUAUGGGGUGUACGUAUUUGGUGGUGGAGGAAAACAUGGGGCUCGGGUGCAGUUCACACAGGAAUGGGUUUCGGAGGAGUUUGAGCUCGGCGAACUUGUGUAGCGAUGAGGAGGAGGCCAGUGGCAGCGAGAAUGGGACAUUCGGGAGCUUACCGGAUCGGUAUAUGUCAGAGAUGUAUCAGAACUUCGCAAACCGGACGAGCCCGAGUCGGAGUGGCGCAGCGAGAAGGCAGAGGAAGAGGGAGAAGGCGAGGCAGGGGAAGAGAAAAUGGGAGGCGGAGCAUUUCGUGAAAAUCAUAGAUUGCUCGCCCACUCCUUCUCGGCCUUUGCAGGGGCUAUGGAAGGGAAUCGGUGACUGCAUGAAAUUGGAAUUCUAUCUCGUGACUUACGAUGAAAUUGGGGGAAUUGCCUGCCGUAGGGUUGGGGAACCAGCAGACCGUUUUUCUGGUUGCGCCCCAGUUUUUUGGACAUCGAAAGCUAAGUUUAUUGAGCCACCUUUUUCGUUAGAGGAGGCAAUCAUGUACGAUAGUCGUGUGCACCUCCACCCCACUGACGAAGAAAAUUUUAUGUUCGGGGAGCCUCCAAUGGAAAAUGAGCCGGUCUCUCGCAUCCUGUACAUAAAUUCAAGUUAUGACUUGCUAAUUCCUGAUUUGGCUGGGACUACAGCAACUGACAGGCGUAACGAGGGAAGGAUAUGGCAGUAUAGAAACGGUACAUUUGGGUUCGGGUUUCUUUGGGACAAUUUUAUUAUUGACCUAAAGCACAUAGCCCUGAAUGGUUGUCUUCUUCGCUAGUUUUAGCUUUGUGAUAAUUGAUUCGGUCUUCUGGAUUCAUUCUGUACAUACUAGAAUCUUAAGAAAGAAGAGCCAUAUAUCCAGUAUGGCACUGGUGUCAUGUUCUUUGGAUUUUAACCUUCGGCUCCACCUUGUAUGCCGAUUUGUAACAUAGUUUAUUGGGGAAAUGAUGACACUUCUUCCAAAGUUCUAUUCUGGCGAUUUUUCAUUUCUGACC